AAUGAAUUGAAAAAUAUAUACAUCAAAGGUUGAAAAUAAUAAGUUUUUACAAGCAGGAUGUAAUGAUUGAUUAAUAAUAUUUGUUUUAAAAUCACAGAAAAGGUGUUAAAAAUAAAUAAUACAAAUUAUUAAAAGAAUGAUACUUGCAAACUAAGUUUUAACUUCUUAUAUUUUAGAAGUAUGAAACAUUGAUUUUCACAAAAUAAUAAAUGAAGAAUCUGAAGAAGCUAUACAUACUAGUUCUAAAAUUAGAGAGCAUUAUACUGGCUCAAGGAUUGAUCUUUGAUGGAACAGAAUCAAUCUACAGAGAGAAUUAAAGUUAAACUAAAAAGCCCCAAUCCAUUGUUUGAAAAGUGGUUGUUAAAAUGGCAUGAAGAAGAAGUUGAUGCAGGAAAGAUUGAAACAACUUAUAGUAAGGCACUUGAAUCAUUAAGAAAGUUUCCAUUGGUACUGAACAGUGGUUUUGAAUGUAUUAUAUUAGAACACUUCGAUAAACAACUUUGUCUAAAACUUACCCAUCAACUAAAUGAAUAUGAAGCUUCCAAUGGCAAAAAGUUUAGUGAAGGAACAGAUGUUCAGGAUAUGUCAAAUGGUCUUAGAGAAAGUGAAAGUAGUUGUGAUGUCAGAAAGGAAGAUACAAAUGAUCUCACUUCUCCUGAAAGAUCCUUAAAAAAUAAGGAAAAUGGAAAGGAACAAAAGAAAAAGAUAAAGAAACGUAUAUAUAUACCAAUGAAAAGAUCUGCUGCUUAUGGAAUUUUACUGAGCCUUUUAUUGAAAGAAAAUGAACCCAACUAUAUAGGUUUUUCAACUAAGGCUGAAGUUAUUGCAGCAGCUCAACGGCACACUGAUGUAUCAAUGAAAAAAGCUGUUUCUGGUGGUUUUUAUACCGGAUGGUCCUCGAUGUCCCAACUGGUUUCUAAAGGCCUUGUUGAAAAAUUCAGCAAUCCAGCUAAGUAUAAACUAACUGAAGAAGGCAGAAUGCUUGCAAUUAGACUAAAAAAUGAUUGUUCUAUCUUCACUGAUGAGCAACCAAAAGAUCCGAUUUUAUCUCUUGAAUCUGCCUCAGAACUGAUUGCUCCUCAUAAACCAAGAGGUAGAAAAAACAAGAUUAUAAAUUUUGAAAGUACUUCUUCUCAAAGCUAUGAUGUAAUUGCUUCUUUACAAACUGAAAAUAAAUCUGCUAGUAGUUCUCAGAAUCAUGAGUUUUCAGAAGGGGCUUCAAACAGCCAAAAGCUUUCAGAUAACCUUUCCCAAAAUAAUAAAGUCAUAGAAGGAUGUGAUUUUGAAGAGAACCAAGACUUACCUGGAACUUUGUCUUCUCAAAGUCAAGAAUUUGAAACUCAGGAAAUGAUUUUUCUCCCUGAUAAUUUUGAUAUCAUACUUUUAGUCGAUAAUCAAGAAACUGAAGGAAAGGAGAAAAAAGAUGAAUCUGAAAUUUUAGUUUUACUGGAGAGCUUAAAUAUAAAAUUUGAGGUUAGAGGCCUCAAGGUAGGAGAUUACCUUUGGGUCGCCAGGGAUUGUAUUGGAAGAGAAAUGGUACUGCCAUACAUAAUUGAAAGGAAACGUUUUGAUGACUUAUCCCGUAGUAUAAAAGAUGGAAGAUUUCAUGAACAAAAAUUUCGUCUAAAAUUGUGUGGCUUGCAAAAUAAGAUAUAUCUGGUCGAAAGUCAUGGCUUUGAACACACUCAAGCUACGGAAUACCUUUACCAAGCUAUUACAAAUACUAUGGUUUGUGAUAAGUUCACUGUGAGAUUUUCUAAAAAUCUAAAAGAUACGGCUAGAUAUCUAGCAACUGUUACAAAAAUUCUCAAAAAUUUAUUCCAGAGCAAAACACUUUUCUCUUGUAAAAAGGAUUCAGUUUCUGAAACCAUUGAUUUGAAGGAUGAUGUUGUAUCGUUACUUUCCUACCAAGAAUUUUCUCGAGAUAUGGAAAAAACAAAAGAAUUGACUGCUAGAGAAGACUUUGCGUUACAAUUAGUCCAACUAAAAGGCAUGUCAAGCGAUAAGGCAUGGGCGAUAACUGAAGUUUAUCCUACACCAAAAACCCUCAUUGAAGGUUUCUUAUAUAGUGAUGCUGAAAACGUCAUAUCUGAGCUUAGGAGUGGCUUGAUGAAAAACAAAAUUGGACCUCAGAUAGCAUCAGUAUUACGAACUUUUUACACUUCAAAAGAGUUCACUGGUUGAAAUUAGAAGUUAUUUUUAUUUUUUAGACUGCAUCAUGGUUUCAUUGGUUUUUUUUUUAAAACGUUAAAGUACUUUAAUAUUUCUUUUCUACAUAUUUGAUCACUGUUUAUAAAUUAGUUUUAUUGUCAUGUUAUUCAUGAUUUGGUGUUGUAAUAAUUAAAAGUCGGUUGUGAUUUUAUUAAUUUUAAUUUAAUCAACAUAAUUUAAAAAUUCAAUCUAUCUGUUAUUAUAUUAUAUGAAUGUAUUUUAUGAAAUUUAAGUAUCAAUAACUGUAAUAAAUUGAUUAUAAUAUUUUCUUUGUUUUUAAUAAUAAAUAUUUGUAUUUUUAUUUGUUUU